UAUCAACAGUCGCUUGGACGAGAAACGCGCUACAUCGUGCUCGGGCUUUCCACUUUUCCUUUCGCGCAGUUUGUGCGAGAUUCCAUCUGAUUAGAAACCGAUGCGAUCGGGUGUAUCAUCGGACGGAUUAGUAUCGGUAUCGAAAGACUGGGUGUUCUGUGCAGAGAGAGUGAUUAGGAUUUUUAAUUAGUUUUUUUUCUAUUUGAUUUUUUUUGGAAUGGAGGUGUUUAAGAUAUUCUUCAUAGGAACUCUUCUGCUUUCGUUAGGAACAUGCCAAGAAACACCGAAGAAAACAGCAGUCCCAGUGCAUACAAGAACAGAAUUAAAAGUUUCCAGAAGUCUGAACCCGGAAGACACUCAAACGCUCAACGUAAUGACGAGAGAUGGCAGUGUAGCACAGCUGAUAGUGAAAAGAAGAGAUAGAUCCAAGAGUGUGGACACUCAGACCAGCAAUACAAACAAGGCAAAUAGUGAGUACAGUAGAGGACACGACAAAGAAGACUCACAAAACAACUAUAGAACAUUGAAAAAAUUAGGCGUUAAUCCAUACAGUACCUUCUACUUUCCUCAGGACAAUCCUGUAGAAGAAGAAACAUACAAAACAGAGGAUUCUAACAAUUUUAAGAACAAUGCUGGAUCUACAACGCAAAAGUUUCAACCCAGUUGGAUACCACUGUCAGGAAACUAUUAUCAACCGACAAAAAUUGUCAGAUUGGACUCAAUAGCUGUCGUGAGGAAUUCCAGUGAUUUCAGACCUUUGCAGAAUAAUUUGGGAAAUGUUAUUGACAGUGAUAGGAUACCACAUGUUAUUCCUCAACCUGUCAACAUCAGGUCCAGCGAAGUGUUCGUGCAAAAUGGCGGUCGGAAAAAAGCAAGAUCGACCAUGCAAAUGGACAGCGACGGGAUACCAGUUAUACAGGGUGUUCGUAUGCCAGACGACCCAACUGAUACAAAAACAUGGAGAAAUGCCAGAGUAAUAAAUGGUGAACUAAUACCAUACGAAAAAGGCUACAAGCCACCAGCAGCCAUCCCAAUCGGCGAGUUAGUCUACGCCAGCCAAGUAAAAGAGAAGGACCAGCAAAGGUCCAUUGGCCCUUUUACCAAGCAGGAUAAUUUCAAGAAACCGAGAGAAUCGAGUAGUUCCAUUGGUCCGUUUACGGUUGAAGAUAAUAUUUCGUUAAACAGAGAAGAAAAACGCGAUGAGCAAGAAGAUACCAAAUAUGUGAAGUUCAGCUCUUCAGUCGGCGUAGGCCCUUUCACCAAAGAAGACAACAAACACUUAUCCAGCCCAUCGAAAUUCGUCGACUACAUCAAAGAAAUAAACGAAAAGGAAGCAAAGAAAAACCACAACAACAACCAGAGAAAAUACCGAUCGUACGACCAGAACGCGUGGCAAACGAACAACUUCUACCAGAACGCCUACGAAACCGAUCAAAGCUUUGAUCAAGGCGGCUACGGCUACGAGCCGCAAGAUUAUCAAACUGAAGAUCAGGACCAGCACAAUAAAUUCCAAAGGCGGAUGCUGCAAGAUCCCCAGAGCCAAAUCUACUACCCACCGUCGAAAUUGUACAGCCCACCGAGCGCCACUAAGUUAAGUCCUGUAACUUUCACUGAAGGAGUACGUACUCCAGUACUCCAAUACGCUCAUCCAGAGUUAGGAGUACAGCCUGCCAAAGUUACAAGCGAUGACGAGGAAUAUUCUACAGGAGUAAGAGAUUCUUACAGAGAAAAAGAUUACACAGCUUAUGGAGAUAUGAACACUGGAAGACAGCAACAAAAUAGAUAUUAUACUGACACUGAUUCCAACAGCGUCAGUUUUUACAAGAAAGACGUCAUAAAUUAUCCAUUCAACACAUAUUACAUUAAACCUAAACAAGAACAACCUCUAUGGGUAAAAAUCACUGAAAGCAUUAAAGGCAACGUUCAAACCGGUUUAGAGAGAAUGCAAAAACUCACUAGGCCAGUUUUUGAGCCACUUGUAGAAGCCACUCACAAGAUUUCCCAUAAUCUUGGAUUCAGUCACAAUACUCAACGGGCAGAAGACAAAGUUGGUCUAAUAGGUCCUGCAGCUGGUACAUCUGUCAUUCUACCUGCUCUGGGUCUUGUUGCUGGAGGUGCUGCACUUGGUCUUGGUGCUGCAGCCAUGGGCAGGCUUUUCAGCCCAGUGAUCAGUAUGAGAGCUCUACAAGACGUAGACCCUAACAACAUGCGAGCACUACAAGGCCUCGACCCAAACAGCAUCAUUUUUGUUAUGGAAGAACCAGUAAAAUCAUCAGCUACAGACUCCAAAGAUCAACAUGAAAGAGUGGUCAGGGAUCUUCACAGACGAUUUAGGAGAAGUCUGCUGAUAGAAGACGACAGUCUACAGUUAGCGGAAGAAGCUGAAAAUUCAGGAAAAUUCCCUGGACUGAUGGACCAGAAAUUCUGGACGGAUACGCCAUGUUCGAAGCAAAUUUUCUGCCAGGUCAUGUUGCAACAGCAUCCAGAUGAAACGGUGAUCAUGGAGAAGAAAAUGGAAACACUGUUAGGAUCAUUACAGCCCGACCUGGCCCGCUCCGUAUCCCAUCACCUGCAGGAAGUGAUGGACGCCAUUAAGCUGAGGGAUUGUUCGAGGUUUUCUUGCAGCAGAAAAUUUCCGCUUCCGGCCAGGGCAGCGUAAAGGCGGAUAAUUCGAAUUUUAUGGAAGGAAAAGAACGAAGAACAAGAGCUUCUUUUUAUUAAAGAAGUAUUAGAGAGAAAAAAUGUGAUUUUGCUCUUUGUAUCUUGCAGGAUAACGAGCCAGGGUGAUCCAGAGGGGUACAUUUAAUACCGUUUAAGUCAUUUAACAAUUAAACUACACCUUGAGACAACAAAUUUGUGGUACAGGGUGGGCCAAAUUGGAAGUCUUUAAAGGGAAACAUCCUUUUCUAUAGGAGAUAAACGAAAACUAAUAUCGG